AUGCUCCACCUCAACAAAGACGGCUCUGCCGACCUCACGUUGGCGUCCAAAAGCGAAGAAAUCGUCUGGAAGGUGCUUGUGAUGGACAAAAAGUCCCAGGCGGUGAUUUCGUCUGUUUUGCGUGUGAAUGACCUUUUGAGGUGUGGAAUCACCGUCCAUGCUCUUGUUUCCGGGUCCAGAUCGCCGUUGCCAGACGUCCCGGCCAUCUACUUUGUGGAGCCGUCGGUGGAAAACGUGAGCCAGAUCAUCCAGGACUUGCAGAACGACGUGUACGACUCGUUUUAUGUGAACUUUACUAGUACUAUCAAUAGAGAGCUCUUGGAGGACUUUGCCAAGAAGGUGUCGCUCUGCGGGAAGGGCGGGAAGAUCAAGCAGGUUUAUGACCAGUACCUUGACUUUAUAGUGACGGAGCCGAACUUGUUUCUGCUUGAUAUGCUGAAGACGUUUACCAGGUUCAAUUCGCCUGCUACGUCUGAGGAUACUAUUCAUAGACUCGCUGAUGGGAUUGCCGAUGGGUUGCUUGCGUCGCUUGUGACGAUGAACUGCGUGCCGAUUAUCAGGUGUCCGAAGAACGGGCCUGCUGAGCUUGUGGCGACCCAGUUGGAUAUGAAAUUGAGAGAUUACAGUGCCAAUAGUCGAAGCACGGCGUCGCUGUCGCUCCAGCAGCGGCCGGUGUUGAUUAUUUUGGAUAGGAACGUGGAUUUGGCGUCGAUGUUUUCCCAUUCGUGGAUUUAUCAGUGCAUGGUGAGUGAUGUGUUUGAAUUGAGAAGAAACACCAUCAAAGUGGUGAAAUAUGACGAUAACGGCACCGCGCAGACCAAGAGCUACGACGUGGACCCGAAGGAUUUUUUCUGGAACAAAAACUCCCAGUUGCCGUUCCCAGAUGUGGUUGAAAACGCCGAUGUCGAGUUGAACUUGUACAAGAAAGAUGCCCAGGACUUGACGAACCGGACGGGCAUUUCCAGCAUCAACGAUAUCAAUCCAGACGCCAACACCGACACCUCGUUGAUCCAGCAGGCCGUAGAAGCGUUGCCGGAGCUCACAGCAAGAAAAACAACCUUGGACAUGCACAUGGACGUGUUGGGGUCGCUCUUAAAAGAGUUGGAGGCUCGUACGUUGGAUAAGUUCUUUGAAAUCGAGCAAGGGUUCCUGGACCCGAAGGUGCAGAGCGAGUUUCUCGAGCUUUUGAAGUCGGAUUCGAAAAGAGACAAUUCGCUUGAUAAGCUUCGGACGUUCUUGAUUUUAAGCAUUUUGGCUGAUUUGCCGGAAUCGUAUUCCCAGCAGUGUGAACAAGCGCUUGCUCAAAAGUACCCGCAGCUUGAUAUGAGCUCUAUCAAGUACGUUCGGAAGUUUAAACAAAUGACGAGAAUGUCCCAGAACGUCUCGUUAAACGAACAGCUGAGUUUGAAACACAGCGUGGGCGAAACCAACAACUCGGCUUUAUUCAACGGUCUUUCGUCCAAAUUGUACGGAUUCACUGAAGGGAAGCUUUCUGGCGGUAUUUCGUCGUUGGCCAGUGGUCUCAAGAAACUCUUGCCUGAAAAGAAAAACUUACCUAUUACCAACAUUGCCGAGGCCAUCAUGGACCCUACGAAUGCCUCCACGAACUCCAUGCAUAUCACCGACGAGUACUUGUACCUUGAUCCAAAAUCCAGAGGUGGUCACCUGAAGCCUCCAAAGAGACAGUCUUACGAUGAAGGAAUAGUGUUUGUUGUGGGCGGUGGAAACUACUUGGAGUACCAGAACUUGACGGAAUGGGCGAAUGUGCCGAACUCGCCAAGGAAGGGUAUUGUCUAUGGCAGUACGGAUAUUGUCACGGCAAAGGCGUUCGUCCAGGAAGUGCUGGACCUCGGGAACUCGGAAGAACUCAGCAUCUUGAGAGAACUUAACACCUUAAGAGACCUUAUCGUCUUGAGAACUCAACGUCUUAAGAGACCUUAUCGUCUUGAGAACUCAACGUCCUGGAUUUCCAUCUCAAAAGAAAGCUUUCUGUACCUCCCGGAGGCAUAA